AACGUCUUGUUUUUUGUUUUGCCGCCCAUCUGCAUGUGCUUGUUUCGGCAAUAUGCAACAUGUUUCAACAGUGGCAUCUACUUAAUAUGGACUCUUUUGGUUGUAGUGGGAAUUGGAUCUGUCUACUUCCAUGCAACCCUCAGUUUCCUGGGUCAGAUGCUUGAUGAACUUGCAAUUCUUUGGGUUCUGAUGUGUGCUCUGGCCAUGUGGUUUCCCAGAAGAUAUCUACCCAAGAUAUUUAGGAAUGACAGGGGCAGGUUCAAAGCAGUGGUCUGUGUCCUGUCUGCGGUUACGACAUGCCUGGCAUUUGUUAAACCCGCCAUCAACAAUAUCUCUCUGAUGACACUGGGAGUUCCUUGCACUGUGCUGCUCAUUGCAGAGCUAAAGAGGUGUGACAAUGUGCGUGUGUUUAAGCUGGGCCUCUUCUCUGGCCUCUGGUGGACACUUGCUCUCUUCUGCUGGAUCAGUGACCGAGCCUUCUGUGAGCUGCUAUCGUCCUUCCACUUUCCCUACUUGCACUGCGUAUGGCACCUCCUCAUCUGCCUGGCUGCCUACCUGGGCUGUGUGUGCUUUGCCUACUUUGACGCUGCCUCGGAGAUCCCUGAGCAAGGCCCCGUCAUCAAGUUCUGGCCCAGUGAGAAGUGGGCCUUCAUUGGCAUUCCCUACGUGUCCCUCCUGUGUGCCAGCAAGAAAUCGCCUGUCAAGAUCACAUGA